AUGAAUUUGAUAUCCUAUACUGUUGCAUACUUACCAAUCAUUUCGUCUUGGUGCUUCCCUGGUAGUAUUACUGGAAAACAAACAGGAUGGCUGCUACAGUUUUCGUUAUUUCUUGUGUUUUCGAGCAUCUACGGACAAUGCCUGUCGCGGUGUGCCAACAACUUCGGCGUUUACGACAAUGGCUUAGCUUAUAAUGAUUGUUCACUAUCUGCAGCAAACGCAGCUGCAGCGCUAGCAGCCGCCAACGGUGGAGGUUUUACUGUAAUCAGUAGCUCACCCACAGCUCCUUACGGUGUAUCCGUAGCAUCCGAUAACGAAAUUUCGGGCAUUUUGUCGGUCAUCGGUCAGCUCCCACUAUUAGGCACCGCACUAUUUGACGGUGCGUUGCCUACAGCUGGCACUGGUUUUGUAAGAUACGGCUGUGGCUACGGUGAUGUGGGUAUCGUGAAUGAAGACUUCACGGGAACUGCUCUCAUCCAAGGUUAUGGCAACGGUUUCAGCUCCGAAGGAUUUCAUGACAUUUGGCGCCAAAGCCGGUGUGGAACGCGACUUUGA